AAUACGUCGUGUGAGUACUGUCGACGUCAGUCUCGGGGCGGGUCCCGUCGAUGUAGUCCACUUCCUGAUCCUCUGCCCUGGUUUCGUCUGAUCAGCUGCAUCAGCCCUUUUAUCCGACGGAGACACAAUGUCACAUCAAACGGGAAUUCGAGCGGGGAACGAUGUGAUGGAUAGCUUUGCCUGUGCCAAGAGUGGGGACCAAUAUCGAGUCCUGAAGAUCGUCAUCGAGGAUGAGCAGCUGAUUCUUGGCGACACCAGGAAAGCAUCAAAGAAGUGGGACCAGGAGUAUGACUGCCUAGUGCUUCCCCUCGUCGAGGACUGCGUGCCCUGCUAUAUUCUGUACCGGCUGGACUCCACUAACAACCAGGGCUAUGAGUGGAUCUUCUUGGUCUGGUCACCGGACUGCUCUUCUGUGCGACACAAAAUGUUAUACGCUGCUACUCGAGCCACACUGAAGAAAGAGUUUGGAGGCGGACACAUCAAGGAUGAGAUUUUCGCAACCACAAAGGAUGAUUUGACUCUCAGUGGAUACAGGAAAUAUCUGGCCUCGCAGGCUGCUCCACUACCUCUCACUGCUGCAGAGGAGGAACUGAGGCAGAUUAAACUCAAUGAGGUGCAGACUGACAUCAGUUGUGACACCAAGCAGGCGACCCUGCAGGGAGUGGCCUUCCCCAUUCACAAAGACGCUGUCGCAGCACUCGAACGCUACAGGGACAAAAAACUCAACUAUGUACAACUGGAAGUGGACGCUGAACAGGAGCUGAUUCGUGUGUGCGGCACUGAGCCAACGGAAGUGAAAGACCUCCCAAUGAGAAUCUCCAAAGAAUCUCCACGUUACCACCUCUUUCGUUACAAACAUUCCCACGAAGGCGACUACUUGGAGUCCACAGUCUUCAUUUAUUCUAUGCCCGGAUACAAGUGUAGCAUCAAAGAGAGGAUGCUGUAUUCCAGCUGCAAAAAUCCCCUGGUAGACAUGGUGGAAAGAAAGCUCCAGAUUGAGAUUGAGAAGAAGUUGGAAAUUGACGAUGGGGAUGAGCUGACCAGUGAUUUCCUGUACGAGGAGGUGCAUCCCAAGCAGCAUGCACACAAGCAGGCCUUCGCUAAGCCCAAAGGCCCAGCAGGAAAGAGAGGAAUCCGCCGCAUCACCCGAACACCUGUGGAGGGAGAGGAGGAAGAUUAAACUGACCUCAGCAGCCGCCGGCCACCGCCUCCACUCCUAGCACGUUCCACAGUGGAACAUUCCUGUGAUGGGGGGGGAAUCGUAUUUUUCACGCUUGAUUAAAAGAUAAGGCAACAUUUAAAAUUCCCACGAAGUUCACCAGAGAUCUUACUAUGCACGCCAAGGACAACUGAGCAAUGACACACUGCAGAGCCUCCAUUUGUAGCUUGCCAAAUGGAAGCACAUUAAUGUGUUAGAACAGUCACCGAAAUGAAUUAAACAGUGGUUCAAAUAGGCUCAAACCAUGUCAAACUUGACUUUCUACAUUGUUGCCAGCUCUGAAACUUUCCAAAAAAUCAGUGCACCUAAUGUGAACUUUCGCCAAUAUAAAAUAAUUCCCCUAUUUUAAGUUCACAUCCUCCAGUUCUUAACUUGCAUUCCUUAAGUCUGUGUCAAUUAAUGUUUUUGUGUCUAAUGUAUUCGAAAUUUGUCUCCUACUGUUUGCACAAUGAGGUGCUCCAAAGCAGAAACCAUUUAAUUAUUCCACGUGUCUAUUGAUUCAUUUUAACAGUGCAUUUUAUAUUGGAACAAUUGACUCCUUUUUUGAUAUAACUGUGGUUUACAUGAGAAAAAAAAUCAUCUGCUGAGAAACUUAUUUUUCUAUGCAAGUGCUGUAAAUGUACAUAUUGUAGCUAUGUGAUGCUCUAUGAUUAAGAAACAGUAUGUUCUGGUGAUUGUUCAGUGUCGGUGAAGAUCAAAGUGGAAAGAACCGGGGCUUCCAGAAAUACUACAUCAAUACAUCUCAUAUUUCACUGAGAGGAAGCUCCUCACUCUUUGCUGGUUCCCUCACUAUGGAGAAGCCAAGCAACCUAAGAGGAAAGGGAAUACUACAAGUACCUUGAUGAAAUGUUGCCACAUCCACUGUUCUACUGAUUAUUAGGCAAACUACUAAGUUCACCUCAUGGUUAAAGGGAAAAUCCCUUUAGAUUCAUAGUGUCAGUAUAAUAGAAAAAUCAUGUUUGGUCUUAUUUGUUUUCUUACAAAUCUUUCUUUUAAAGAAGAAAUAAAAUAUUUAAAUCAGU